AUGGUCAAGCGGAGUAAAUUACUUCUCGCUCUCGACGCCCACAAGGGCCGAGACUACGAUGCCGAGAAGCAAAAAAAGAUGGUCAAGUCUGCGAGAAAGAGAAAGACCGACAAGCAGCCCGUUAUCGAAGACAAGGAAGAGAAGGAAUUAGAAAAGACCGAUGAGGUCGAAGAAGAAGACUCGGAAGAGAAUGACGAGAAGGAAGUAGAGGAGGAACAAGAAGUUGAGGAGGAAGAAAAGGAAGAAGAGGAAGAGGAAGAGGAGGAAGAGGAGGAAGAGGAGGAAGAGGAGGAAGAAGAUAUUCCUCUAUCUGACCUCUCUGAUGAUGAACGAGAGGAUGUCGUUCCCCACCAACGCCUUACCAUCAACAACUCUGCUGCAAUCACCGCAUCCAUCAAACGCAUUUCCUUCAUUACAUCUCAGACCCCAUUCUCAGAGCACAAUUCGCUUGUGUCUCAGGAGCCAAUUGACGUGACCGACCCCAACGAUGACUUGAACCGUGAACUCGCAUUCUACAAGGUCUGCCAGGCUGCUACCUUGGCUGCUCGCGGAAUUCUGAAGAAGGAAGGCAUCCCUUUCACCCGCCCUGGAGACUAUUUCGCCGAGAUGGUCAAGACAGAUGAGCACAUGGGCAAGAUCAAGAAGAAGCUGUACGAUGAGGCCGCCUCCAAGAAGGCCGCCGCCGAGGCCCGCAGGCAGCGUGACCUGAAGAAGUUUGGAAAACAAGUCCAGGUUGCCAAGCUGCAGCAAAGACAGAAGGAGAAGCGUGAAACCCUUGAGAAGAUCAAUGCCCUGAAGAAGAAGCGUAAGGCCGAUUCUUCCGCACCUACCGAUGAUGCCGGAGAUCUUUUCGACGUCGCCAUUGAUGACGACGGCGACAAAGGAGAAAGCCGCAAGCGCAGCCGGUCGGGUGGCGACAGUGCUCCCUCGAGCAAACGCCAGAAAAAGGACCAGAAGUUCGGGUUCGGGGGUAAGAAGCGAUUCUCCAAGAGCGGCGAUGCUGUCUCCAGCGGAGAUAUGCGGAGUUACUCGGUCAAGAAAAUGAAGGCUGGCGGGAAGGGCGGCGCGAAAAGGCCAGGGAAAAGCAAGAGGGCGGCUGCUAAGGGGCGGGCUUGA